AAUAUCCAAAAUUAAAAUUCUAGUAAAUCUUCUUGCCAUGCACACCCUUAUGACAUUUCACUCCUUGACAGUAACAUCUCUCUCUCUCUCUCUCUCUCUCUCUCUCUCUCUCACACACACAAAAUCUGGCAAUUACCCUUCUGGUCUCCAGCUGUGUAUAUUUUCUCAAUCUCCCUAUUGGUGCUCUCUCUCUCUCUCUCUCUCUCUCUCUCUCUCAUACUCACUUUACCCUAAAAAGAGCCACUCAUUUCCUUCAUAAGCUCCUCUCAAGCGGCAGUCUUUUCAGCAAACCUUGAGAGAGAGAGAGAGAGAGAGACAGAGAGGGAGUGAGAGGGUCUCUGCUUCACUUCAAUACACUAUUCAUUUUAUUGGGUUUUAUUUCCUUCCAUCUAUUUUUUGUUCUUCUAUUCUUUGAUUGAAAAUAUCAUCUUCUUCAUCCCCAUUAUCUGAAAACACUCCACAAACACACUGCAUAUAUAAAACAAAAACCAAAGUAUCUGUCUUUAAUAACUUUUGUUUCAUAGUUGAUGAAAUUUUGGUAUCCAAAGUGAGAGAGAGAGAGAGAGAGAGAGAGAGAUAAAGAGAGAGUUUGUGUCCGUUUUGGAGAGAUUAUUGUUGUUGUUGCAAUGGCACCCAGUUUUGACUGUACGGUUUCAAGCCUGCUUUGCGCAGAAGACAACAUUUUCGAUGAUAACGAUUUUGGGUCUGUGAGAUUGGAGGAGUGUGAGGAGGCUAUGUGGCCUCUUAGAAAUCAUCGAAACUAUCAUCAAAAUCGUGGCUUUGAUGAUGAGGGUGGACUGCCAUUGCAGAGUGAUGAGUAUUUGGCUUCAAUGGUUGAAAAGGAAUGCCACCACUUGCCUGGUUCUGAUUACUUGAUGAAGUUGCAAAGUGGAGACUUGGACCUGGGUGCUAGAAAACAGGCUCUUGAUUGGAUUGGAAAGGCAAAUGCCCAUUUCAGUUUUGGACCUCUCUGCCAAUAUCUAUCCAUAAACUACUUGGAUCGCUUCCUUUCUGCCUAUGAAUUACCUAAUGGCAAAGCUUGGACUAUGCAACUGUUGGCUGUGGCUUGCUUGUCUCUUGCAGCCAAAAUGGAGGAGAUUGAUGUUCCUCUCUCUCUAGAUUUACAGGUGGCAGAGUCAAAAUUUGUAUUUGAGGCUAGAACAAUUCAAAGGAUGGAGCUUCUGGUUUUGAGCACAUUAAGAUGGAGAAUGCAAGCAGUUACCCCUUUCUCCUUCAUAGAUUCUUUCCUUCUCCAGAUCAAUGAGGAUCAAAUCCCUCUCAGAGCUUCAAUCUUGAGAUCAUCCCAACUCAUUUUGACCACUGCUAAAGGAAUUGACUUCUUGGAAUUCAGGCCAUCAGAGGUUGCAGCAGCAAUAGCAAUUUCUGUUGCAGGAGAAGCCAAAACAUUAGACACUGAGAAAGCAAUCUCUAUGCUCAUUCAACAUGUAGACUUAGUAAAGGAGAGAGUGGUAAAGUGUGUAAAUUUGAUUCAUGAUAUGUCUUUAAUGAGUGGGGCCUUUAAGGAUGCUAGUGGCUCUGCCCAGUCUGUGCCCCAGAGUCCAAUUGGGGUCUUGGAUGCUGCAUGCUUCAGCUAUAAAAGUGAAGAGAGCACAGUUGGGUCAUGUGCAAAUUCCUUCCACAAUAGCUCUGAUUCUAAAAGAAGGAAGCUAAACAGAGCCUGUGAGGUGGAGUUAUAGAGCUAAAUUAUUUUUAUUUUUGUUACAUAAGUAGAUUGGUGUGUUUGAUGAAGUUGAUCAAAGGAAAAAAAAAAAUUUGAAAAAAAAAGGUUGGAAAAGUACAAUGAUGGGAGGAAUGGAAUAAGUUAGGUCAUGGAUGGAGGAUGGAGAAGGGAAACAAUAUGUGCCAUGCUUUUGGCAUGAAGAAGAAAACCUCUCCAGCUGUUAAAUAUUAGACUUCUUAGCAGCCAGAGACUAUGAGCAGAGAAAAGUGGGGAACAAAAUGGAAAUGGAAAAGCUAGUUCUGUUUGUGAGAUACAGUUUGGUUUAGUUUUUGGAGUUUGUAUUUUUUUUAAUUGGUUACGAAAAGAAAAAAGAAAAAAGAAAAAAUUGGAACAGAUAAAAAGUAAUAUAUGAUUGCAGGAAUUUUAUAUGUUCUUAUGUUA